AUGGCUGCGACGACAAGCCAGUACGGCGACCUCGCCACCCAGCUGCUCAUCGAGUCGCGCCGCUCGACGGCCACCGACACGCUCCUCAAGUACAACGACGUCCUCGUCCGCUCCGUCGCCCGCGAGCAGCGCCAGCUCGAGUCCCUCCUCCAGGCCGUCCUCGCCCCCCACCCCCCCGACGGCGCCCCCAACCCCCUCCUCCCCACCAUCCUCCUCUACCAGACCGCCAUCAACCGCAACAAGCGCUGCCUCCUCGCCUACCACGCCCACCGCAUCGACCGCCUCAAGGACCUCUACUGGUCCGUCGGCGGCGCCCUCCCCCUCCUGCUCUCCAUGCCCUCCGUCGGGCCUGCCCACGCGCACGCGGACGGCCAGGCGCACGCCGCCGCCGCCGCGCCCGCGGACGUCCGCUCGAAGCUCUCCCCGCACGAGGUCGACUUCCUCCGCUCGUACAACGCGUCCGUGCUCGCGCUCCGCACCGAGGCGUUCUCCGCGGCGGGCUCCGUCAGCCAGGACGACGCGGGCGCGCUCACGGAGGACGUCGACCUCAUGGCGCCCAUCGCCAAGCCGCCCAGGGACCUCCACGUCCUCGUCCGCGUCGUCCGCGACUGCGGCGUCGUCCACACCGAGCAGGGCGCGAUCGACUUCCGGCGGGGCCACCGCUUCCUGGUGCGGCGCGCGGACGUCGAGCACCUCGUCGUGCAGGGCUUCCUCGAGGAGGUGUAG